AUGACCCGUCAUCCAACCGUGAAGGCUGUCCCAGUAUCUACCGUGAAACUCCAGUAUGGUGCUCAAUUUUUUGAAGCUGCCUUUGCUCGUUUCAUGGUUCAGGUUUUCCUGAUGUUUCAGGUUGAACAGGCGGCUGCGAACAUAUACCUCCCAUUCCAGCGUCUCCCGGUGUUCCAUAAGAUCAAGUUCUGGAUCAAGGAUCCAUUUCACCGUGGACUUGGUUCAGAGACAUCGGACGCCGUCCACGUACGUCCAUCGCGUCGAGAUUCACGCGAGCGCGAGGUGCCCGCCCGCUUCGACACAGUGCUCGUCAAUCUGGGCGUAGGCACGGGUACGGACAUCCGGGGU